AGGGCAUCAUAAAUUCCAGUGUCAUCUUCGAGGAAUGCAUACCUAUGCAGGGAAUCACUGGAAAACACAGCCAGUCUAGUUACACGCAUGGUACUUGUAUAGACGUGCACAUCCAAGACAGGGUGGUGUGUGCGUUCGGGCUUGGUCGCGACCAUUUCUUUUUAUGACUACGAUCACUGCAUAAUUACUACUUACUGCUCAACUUUAACAAGAAACAGAGUCCACUCAGCCAUGGAUACACGGAUGGGCCUCGCGAGGGGUCCACCAGGCGUAGCUACUUUGACGCGGCUGUGACGCACCCCGACGUCAUUUUUAGCCACGUCAAAAUCUCCUAACUAAAGGAGUCAAACCAGCUUCAAGGUCUCUUACUCCGUACAUCAUGGAACCUCCUACUCCCAUUUCAUUUAGAUUUAACGACCUUCCAACUGAGCUCGCCCUCAUCAUCUUCAAGCAUGCGGCACAACCGCCUUUUGCUCAAUAUGUGCCUUACACCCGAGACCCAUACUCAUCUGCCCUGUCACUAUGCCAGGUCUCCAAAAAUGUCAGGCGCGCUGUGCUGCCUGAGCUUCUGCACACUGUACUAUUGUUGACACCUCGCCACCUACUCGCUUUCGUACGGGCUCUGCGUAUGCAGAAAACAUAUAUCGAUCAACAACAUGAUCUAGCUUUUGAUUACGCACCUUGCGUGCACAGGAUGUCAAUUGGAGAGUUUCGGGGGGCCGUGCACAUCCCAGUUCCCUAUACACCCCCUCCUAUGCCAGAGCUUGAAUGCGAGUUCGAUAUCGAUCUGCUAGCUCCAGUGAUUCUCGGCGUAUCGUCCCUCACAAUCGACUCUAGAAGUCUAGAUCUUCUUACAAGGUGCCUCAAACAUCUGUGUAACUCCGAUGUCAACUUAGAUGUCGACCACAAAAAAUCUCUGUUUCCUUUGAG